AUGAUUUCAGAUUCAACUGCAGCCUCAACAGCUAACGAAACAAUUGACGGCGAAGAUUCUGAGAGUGACGUGUUUGCCAACCUGGACAAAUAUGAUUCCUGCAGUAUCCUCGCUGUCAUCGUCGUCAUCGGACUCUUUGGGGAUGUUUUUUGUCUCCGGUAUUUGACGAGAAAGAGGCUUCGCGAAAAAUCUUACGCUGUGUACUUCAUCACUCUCGCCAUUACGGAUAUCGUCACACUUCUGUGUACCGGGCUUCCAGUAAUUCUCGAAUGGUUCUUUCAUCAGUCAUGGCGACUGGACAAAACGGUGGAGAUUUGUAUCACAUUUCAUUGCAUCCUGGAAGUCUCGGAGAACCUUUCCUCGAUGCUGAUGCUCGCCAUUGCCACAGAUCGUUUUAUUGCCGUUGUCCACCCGUUGAGGAGAAAGGUUAUGUGCACGUCCAGACGAGCUCUGUGGACAAGUGUGGUUCUUACUGUAGUGUCCGUUCUGCUGGCUAUCCCUGACAUUGUCCUGCUGUCCCUUGGUUUACAAAGUCUGGAUUGCCGUGUGACUCACGAGUCCACCCUGGACUUCAUCGAGAAAAACAGAUUCCUUAUCUUCAGCUUAAUUCUUCCGGUGAUCAUAACGCUCUUUUUGAACUUCAAAGUGUUGCGUACCAUUCAUAAAGCAAAGAAAGCAAGGGCGAAUUACUUGGACGCUUCUGGUUCGUCUUUGGCGAUGUCCAAACGCCAGCUCCGUAUCACUCUGGCCCUAGUUACCGUUACUAUAGUUUCUGCGUUGUUGUUGUUACCCGUCGUUGUUUUGGAAAUUUGGGAAUUCUUUCUGUUGAACAGCCUACAGGACAAUCAAGCUCGAAAAGACGUUCUGGCAAACGCCGUUUGUACCUCUCGCCUCAUAGAAGUCAUAAACUUAUCGAUAAAUUUUUUCGCUCUCACCUGUGUGAUAAGUGAAGGCUGUCGUGGCUGUUUUGUUGUGUGCAGUUGCGAAAGUGAUCGCUGUUGUAAUAUCAUGCGGACGUCAAGGCAGAACAGUAUAUCUACCCAACUGUCCGUCAUAAGCAUGCACGAGUUAACGGUGCAACGGUAG